CGGCAGAAAACAUGGACCGAGGCGGUACGCUUCCACUACCUAGCCAGGAAUGGUUCGAGGAAACCUUCAAGCAGUAUGGCUACGGGGGUCAAAUCGGAGUGGUGAGGGCGCAAGAGUUCGGCAGACUAGCAGGUGUCACUUACCUGGACCAUGGAGGUACAACUCUGUAUCUACACAGUCAGAUUCAUCACUUUUACCAAGACCUUGCAGAAAAUAUCUAUGGUAACCCUCAUAGUGGGAAUACGGCCAGCAAACUGACACGUCAUACUAUCGACCAUGUUCGUUAUAGGAUUCUCCAGCUUUUCAACACCAGCCCAGAAGAGUAUACAGUUAUUUUCACAUCAGGAUGCACUGCAGCUCUUAAACUAGUAGCAGAAAACUUUCAAUGGACCUGUGCAGAACAUGGAGAAGCAAGGAGUCAGUUUUGUUACCUGACUGAUAACCACACUUCUGUGGUGGGUAUGAGAGGAUUAUCUGUUCCUGCUGGUGCUGCAACUCUUCCAAUAAACUUGGAUGAAAUUCAUGACGAUAAAGACAUUCUGCAUGAAAAGAUAAGCAUGGCCCAGGAGGAAAAUUGCCACAUUCACCAUCUGUUCUGUUACCCUGCUCAAAGUAAUUUCUCAGGGACAAAAUAUCCACUUUCUUGGAUAAGGGAUAUUAAAUCAAAAAGAUUGUAUCCUUUCAGCAGAAUUCCUGGGACUUGGAACGUACUAGUGGAUGUGGCCUCAUUUGUGUGCACUUCCCCACUUGACCUCAGUUUGUAUCAGGCAGACUUCAUCCCCAUCUCAUUUUAUAAAAUUUUUGGAUUUCCAACUGGUCUAGGCGCUCUGUUGGUGAAAAACGAAUGUGAACACAUGCUGGGAAAGAAAUAUUUUGGAGGAGGAACAGCAGCUUCUUAUUUGUCAACAGAGGAUUUUUAUGUCCCAAAACAGUCAUUUAGUGACAGGUUUGAGGAUGGCACAGUUUCAUUCCUUGAUAUAAUAGCUGUAAAUCAUGGAUUUAAUGCACUGGAAAAAAUUACAGGUGGAAUGCAAAAUAUCAUGCUUCAUACCUUCAGCCUUGCCCGGUAUACCUACAUAAUGCUUUCCGGAAUGCAUCAUGCUAAUGGAAGACCAGUUGCUCAGAUUUAUAGCGAUAAUGAAUUUGAAACUCCAGACAUUCAGGGGCCGAUCAUUAAUUUUAACAUACUUGAUGAGAACAGUGACAUUGUCGGUUAUGCAACGGUGGAUAAGCUGGCAGAUUUAUACAACAUUCAUCUUCGCACUGGCUGCUUUUGUAAUACUGGAAGCUGUCAGCGGCACAUAGGAAUCAGUAAUGAAGAUGUCAAAAAGAAUCUGAAGGCAGGCCACGUCUGUGGAGAUACCUUGGAUAUGAUUGAUGGCCGCCCAACUGGUUCAGUCCGAAUAUCCUAUGGCUACAUGUCAACAUUUGAUGAUGCACAGACAUUUUUAAAGUUUGUUUUAGAUUGUUUUGUUAAGCAGCCAGUUUGCUUUGACAAAGACACCCUGUCUAAAUUAAACCAGUGUUGGACAAUUAAAGACAAAAAUGAAUCAUGGACAGAGAACUUCACAGACGAGAAAAUCAAUUCAGUAAGGGAAGUCACUUCAGAAAUUGCUGGAACACAUUCCCAUGGAGCUGAAGUUCCUCUUUAUCAGCACUGUUCACCCAAUCCAUCAGAGUGGAAUAAAAACCCAGAAACUUCUAUUGGCAGUGCACUAGUGACUCUUACAAACAUCUACUUGUAUCCAAUCAAAUCCUGUGCCGCUGUUGAGGUUAAGAAGUGGCCUAUUGGAAAACAUGGGCUACUGUAUGACCGUGUCUGGAUGAUUGCCAACCACAAUGGUAUCUGUCUUAAUCAAAAGCAGGAACCCAGGCUUUGUUUGAUUCAUCCAUUCCUGGACCUGGAACAAGGAAUCAUGACCAUUAGUGCAGAAGGAAUGGAUACUAUAACAGUUCCUUUGGAAGAAGAAGCUGGAGAAAAAUGUGCACUUCAGUUCUGUCAAACUAAAGUCUGUGGAGACCGAGUAAAAGGAUUAAACUGUGGAGAAAAAGUUGCAGAAUGGAUUUCCACAUUUCUUGGAAGGCAAAGUUAUCUGUUUAGACAGAGUUCUGAUUUUCAAAGAGUGACAAAGAAACAUAAACAAGUUCAAGGUCGAUCUUUGACCCAGUCACCUUCUCUCUCAUUGGUGAAUGAAGCACAGUAUCUUCUCGUAAACAGAGCAAGCAUUCUGCACCUGAAGGAGCAGAUAUUACAAAGAGAAGGAACAUAUGAUUCAAAUUCUGCUGAAGCACUAACAACUGACGAACUCAUCCAUUGUUUCCGACCCAACCUUGUAAUAAGUACAAUGAGGCCAUAUGAGGAAGAUGACUGGUCUGAGGUGGUGAUAGAUGGUGUUUCUUGUUCUUUUCAGAUUGUAGGGAAAUGUAGCAGGUGUCAAAUGAUUUGUAUUAACCAAGAAAAUGGAAGAAGAAGCAAAGAACCCCUGCAGACACUAUCUUCAUGCAAGGGGAGAAAGAUGACCUUUGGGGUAUAUCUGUUUCACAAGCUACCGACUACCUCAGGACAUUCUGUGUUUCUGACUGUAGGAUCCCAAGUAUUUGUGAAAACCAAAGAGGAAAAUACUGUUAUGCCUUCUGAACAACACCAUCCUCGGUAGCUGCUGCAGGAGUGAACAUGCGUAUCUGCCAUGAGCAUGAACAUAACUUUACAAUGAUAUAAUGGAUUAUUGGUGGUUUUGAUUUCUCAUAGUAGAGUUGAUGCUAAGUCAAAUCUGAAAAUCUAUUACUAUUCGACUGUUUCCUCAUCUUAAAAACAAUUCCUAUGAUGCAUAAAUUCCCCACAGAAUAGAGAAUUCUUAAUUGAAUCUUGUUUCAAAUUUAUUUAAUUUUCUCCACAUACUUGAUUGUGGUGUAAUUUCAAAGUUUUGGAGAAUGUGUCAAGGAAUUGUGUCAUUUUUAAAAAUUGUACGUAAUUCACAAUAUACACUUUGAUAAUUUUAUUUGUCAACAUUUUAAAAAUAAAACUAAUACAGUAAUAUUUGUAAAUUCAGAUAGUUGCUAUUGUAGCUGUGCUGAAAUAAUUUUGACUCCAAGAACAAAUAAAUCUGUAGCAUAGGCCUUCAGCACUGUUACUAGUAUAUCCAUGAAGCUAAAUCUUCAGCGCCACAGCUGGGUUGUUGAUCAAGCUCGUUUUUACUAAUACAGUGCAUUCCAAGUGAACUAACCUGCCUAAGUAAAUACAAGCUUUUGUGAUAGUAAAUGGUUUGCCAACAGCUAGCUAAAAAUCCAAGUCUUGCCUUUUCUUUUGCAUUAGUGUUCUGAACCUCAUCAUUAAUUGAGAUGACAAAAUUCAUUUUUCCUAUUAGCUGUCUCUCUAUCACCAUUGAUUACGAGAUUUGCGGAACUGCAGAUUUGAUCUGAUCCUUUGGUUGUGGGAUUGGCUAGCAUUCGACUCAUAACUGCUACUUCUGCUGUUUACCACAAAUAGAAUCUUUCACCAGCGUGCUACUUUUUUAAGGUACGCUUGGUGCUGUUGACAACAUGUUACAUUGUUCAUUGAAUUCCACUGACUUGUUAGUAAUUGUAAAAGCCACAAGGUUAUAUAUUGUGAUAUAAUUCAAUUCUGCUGAUGCUAAUUUCCAAUCGCAUAUGUUUGUCCAAAUAUAACCUGCUGGAUAUCAUCUGAAUCUUAUCUCAUUUGGCACAGGAAGAUGUCCUUUGUGUGAAGACAGAAUUUCAUCUUCAUUUGUGCUAUGCAUUUGUCACCUCAAUCUAUGCUGUCAAGGAUAGUUGCAUCUGCACUGGUAGAUUGGGGGGUGGGGAAAGAUGAGAUCAUCUAGGUUUGUACACUCAUGUUGGUUGUCAUAAUCCCAUGCAGUCUCAGGCUGCCAGUGAUGUUCUUCAGUUUCAGUAAGUUUCGCCAGAAUUUGUCAAAUGAUGAUUCAGUUUCAAAGUUGCUCAGUCACAGUAUUUUCAGUGGCCUUUCUGCCUUAAAUGCUUCCCCUAAGCAGUUUCAAUGCUUAGGAGCCCUGAUUUAUUUUUAUUUUAUAUUUGCUGUAAUGCCAUGGCGUCUAAUCUAGUGAAUGAUGUUGAGGAUUCACUCUCCAAUAUCUCCAUCUGAAUUUUCUUUGUAUCUCUGGACCAUACUUCUGAAUUACACAUGCACUCACAGAACAAUAGUAGCUGUGCACAUUUCCUAGAUUUAAAAAACUAUAUACUGUCUUGAUUUGCACCAUUCGACAAUAGCUGGAUUCACUGAUUCUCACCUGAAUCAUGGCCAAUAGACUGAAAUAUGAAAUUAUGCCAAGAAGUAGACAUACAAGGACUGCAGAAGGCAGUAAAAUCCUUUUGUAUAUGGGUGCAGUUAAAUUUUAGCAGAAUUCUUAAAAAUAAAGUGUUAGAAUCUAAUAUGCAUUUUUUUUUGCUCAUCUCAAUGCUAUGCAAUCAAGAGGGCCAACUGCAUGCAGGCAGCACUGAGGCCAACACCGAAUGCACUUAACUGGUACCACUCUUUCAUUCAUUCUGUAACUCCACAACAACAGGGCUCUGAUAUGGUAGGCUUUUUAAAGAAAUGCAUACUUGGCACCCAAGCUAUGUCAACUGCGGCAACAUCAAAGCUAUUUCCAAAUGCAGGGAUUUUGUUAGCUUUGAAUUUUACUUCUCUUGAAAAUGAUAGAAGUGGUUGAUCUUUCCCCAGUUGGUCAUGAGCCACAUCCCCAAAGUAAUUUGAAAGGUUAUUUAAUAAAAGGUGGUGGUUGAUGUUCUUUUGCCAUUUUUAUUUAAAAUGUAUUGUGCUAAGCAAAGAUUGAUUAAAAUUGGAGGAAGUACUAUGUGAGAAAAUAGUUUGCUCCAAGAGCAAGAAAAGAAUCGUGGCACACAAUUAAUCUGAACUUGUUCAUUCUGUUACAGACAGUAGUUAGCUGUCUGCUACAUGCUGUUUUAUGUAAUUGGUGCAUGCAUUAUUGAAUUAACUACUUGUGAAUGCUUCCAAGUUUGUUCUCAUUUAAGUCAUGAAUUCUGACUAUACCUAAUGGCUCCAGUACAGAAUCUUUCAGGAGUAAAUUGGUUUACUGAAAAUAUAACUUUAUUGAUAACAAACAUCUAUAAUCUGCCAGUUUCCUACCUGGCAAUAUUUAAUUGCUAAUCAUAAAUAAUGUAAUUUUUCAGGGCUGCAAUCUAGGUAACAAUUUUUUUAAAUUAAAGCUUCCUUUAGCAUAUUACAAUUCAUUACCCCCUCCAUUUUUCCAAAUUGUAUGCUGGGAACUCAGGUUUUUGAAUAACGACUGAACUCUGACUGUCCAUCACAUCAUUAGUAGGGCUUUCCACCAUCUUCCCUGCUAGGAGGUUGAGUGAACAUGCCAACUUCCUUAACAAUGGGAAUUAAGUCUUCCUCUAAUUUAUUGCAACUGAUCUGGACAUCAAACAACCAAAUGUGAAAUGCAUUCUUUUAAAUUUAGUUGGAUAGCACAGCUGUGAUGUUACAUAGGGUAUUUUUACUUUGUUAUUUAUCUAAUAUAUCAAGUUUCUGUCAGAUACUUCUACUCUUAACAUUUCAUAAAUGAUGUGAACAAUUUACGAAAUGUAAGAACACAUACUACCAAGCUCAAGGACAGCUUCAAUGCCGUGAUUAUGAGACUCCUUAUUGUACCUCAUACAUUAAAGGUAAGCUGUUGAUUUCUCAAACUACCUCAUCAUGCCCUUUGCACUUUAUUUAUUUACCUGCACAACUCUUCCUCUGCAGCUGUAACAGUGUUCUGCAUUCUGCUUUUUUAUCCUUUUUUUAAAAAAAGCUUCCUAGAUAUGAAAUGAUCUGUCUGGAAGGCAUGCAGACAAGUGCUUUUCACUACUUAGUAGGUGACGAUAAUAAACCAGCUACCAAUUUCCUAAUCUCCAUAUGUAUGGGCUGUUAAGGAGCCUGUUGCAAGCUAUGACAUUACAUUGCUCUGGGUUCAGCCAACACUGAACCCUAGAAUGCAACAUAAUUGUAUCUCUGAUCUGCUGGUUAAUAGAUUACAUUUAGUAAAAAAAAAUACAGAAAUUGCCCUUAUUUGUAAUUGUAUUUACAUUAUUAGAUAACUUUCCCAUUGAGGUAAUGUGAGUAGAGAUCAAGUGGGACAGCAAAAUGAGUAUUGAAGAGACAGAAAAAUUGCUAAUAGUCUUUGCUAUUUAUGGCUUUACUUCAAACUAUCUUCUCAAAGCAGCUUACAUACUUUAGAAAUUACUUAUUAGCAUCAAAGUUUAUUAAAUCCUGUGUGCCUUUUACUUCUAGUAAUAUUGUACAUAUCAAGAAAACAUUCCUUGUUUAGGCAGUGGGAUCAAGAUCUCUCAUCAGCCAGAAAGGUACUUUUAUUUUGUUAUUAAAUUCUCCAGCAUGUAUCUAGUCCAGAUGGGGACAAUGGGGACAGGUGGGGCUCAUCAGCCUUGAAUGGAUUUUACUGUGGCCAUACCCACCCACGGGAAAGGCUUUGGGAGUAAAUGCCGAGGAAGAAACCCUAGGCAGGUUCCCUAAGGCAGUUUGAUAUUGUUUACAACUUCACUCUGGCAACCUCUAUGAUGACACUGGUGCCAAGCUGUAUCAGUGUUUGCCCUUCCCUUGGACUACAUCAGUAACUUGGAAGGGGGAGCCCUCUGCAUGGGCAACAGCCGAUUCUUCAAGUCUUCCCACCCAGGCUUGUGCUCUGGAGGGGACACAGUCCACCAGAGGCACAAUCCCAUGACCCCUGGGAUCGAUGGCUGCCUACUACUACUAUCUAGUCCAUGCAGUUGUGUCCGAUGUAUCACUGGUGAUAAUGUUCAUGAUGAUUUGUAUUAUCUUGUAUUAAAUUUGAAGUAUUUUAAGAGAGAUCUUACAGUUAAGAAAAGGAAUGAGGAAGUUUAAAUAGACUGGGCAGGUUAAAUCUCAUCUCAUCUCACCGAGAUUUCUUUUCAGCUUGUAUAAAAGCAUCUGAGAUGAUGAAUUACAGUCAUACAAUCCAAAAACAAAAAAAAAUGCAGACACAAAAUCUUCCCCAAGUUAAAUUCAUACAUUUACGGAAUGUAAACAUAAGUAUGUAGUUCAGAAGAAACUAGUAUCAUUAUUCAGCCCUUCAGUAAUACUAUUAUGCAAAAUAUACAUUGGAUUGACUGGCAAUCUGUUGAUUUAUUUGGGGAACGCUAAUACGUAAAUGUAUUAAAAGUAUUCCUCAAAUUAAUGUCUAUUUUGCUUUUCUAAUUCCUAUCUUGACUUUUUGAAAAAAUUUGGUGAACUUUCACUCCUUUUUUCAGAAGAUACUAAUUCACUUUCACACAAGUCUGUCCAACAAAUCAGAAUGGACAGUGUUAUUUUACUAUUUCCCUCACAGGCAUCAGUCCAGAACAUCGACCUGGUGAGAUGUGAGGCAGGUUAUUUUAUAUUUCAGGAGGAAGAGUGUUGGAACUUUGGAUAACUUCGAAAUAAACUUAGGGCCACUGCAAGGAAAGUCAUUUACACUUAUAUGAUGCAGCACACUAAUUUAAAAACAAUGGACUGAUAAAAUGGAAUCAUGUUGAUACACAAGGUGCUAUAGUUCAAGGAAGUGUGCACAAUCGUGUGGUUGCAGUAUUGAUUCAAUAGACAAUAGGUGUAGGAGUGGGCCAUUCGGCCCUUUGAACCAGCACCGCCAUUCACUGUGAUCAUGGCUGAUCAUCCACAAUCAGUAUCCAGUUCCUGCCUUAUCCCCAUUACCUUUGAUUCCGCUAUCUUUAAGAGCUCUAUCCAUCUCUUUCUUGAAAGCAUCCAGAGACUUGGCCUCCACAGCCUUCUGGGGCAGAGCAUUCCAUAUAUCCACCACUCUCUGGGUGAAAAAGUUUUUCCUCAACUCCGUUCUAAAUGGCCUACCCCUAAUUCUUAAACUGUGGCCUCUGGUUCUGGACUCACCCAUCAGCGGGAACAUGCUUCCUGCUUCUAGUGUGUCCAAUCCCUUAAUAAUCUUAUAGGUUUCAAUAAGAUCCCCUCUCAGUCUUCUAAAUUCCAGAGUAUACAAGCCCAGUCGCUCCAAUCUUUCGACAUAUGACAGUCCUGCCAUCCUGGGAAUUAACCUUGUGAACCUACGCUGCAUUCCCUCAAUAGCAAGAAUGUCCUUCCUCAAAUUUGGAGACCAAAACUGCACAUAGUACUCCAGGUGUGGUCUCACCAGGGCCCUGUACAGCUGCAGAAGGACAUCUUUGCUCUUAUACUCAAUUCCCCUUGUUAUGAAGGCCAGCAUGCCAUUAGCUUUCUUCACUGCCUGCUGUACUUGCAUGCUUGCUUUCAGUGAUUGAUGUACAAGAACACCUAGAUCUCAUUGUACUUCCCCUUUUCCUAACAUGACUCCAUUUAGAUAAUAAUCUGCCUUCCUGUUCUUACCACCAAAGUGGAUAACCUCACAUUUAUCCACAAUAAACUGCAUCUGCCAUGCAUCUGCCCACUUACCCAGCCUGUCCAAGUCACCUUGCAUUCUCAUAAUUCUCCUCACAUUUCACACUGCCACCCAGCUUUGUGUCAUUGGCAAAUUUGCUAAUGUUACUUUUCCUUGGAUCUUGGGGAAUCUUCCACACUGCACAACUGUAUUUGAUAAUCAUUCUAUCACAUUCCUUGGAGUUGCUUGAACUGGCUUUCAGUGAAGUAUCAUGUCAGUCACUUACAUUUUAGAAUUCUACACAUCUCAUUUAACAUUGCUGGUAUCUGCAUUGAAAUAGAAAGAUAAGAGCAUUAAACUCAUGUGCAGCACAGGAUCCCAUGGUGUAAACAGUUCCAUCCCUCCCCCUCCUGUCUUCUCCUAUCAUUUUGGAUCUCCCCCUCCCACUUUCAAAUCUCUUAUUAACUCUUCCUUCAGUUAGUCCUGACGAAGGGUCUCGGCCUGAAACGUCGACUGCACCUCUUCCUACAGAUGCUGCCUGGCCUGCUGCGUUCACCAGCAACUUUGAUGUGUGUUGCUUGAAUUUCCAGCAUCUGCAGAAUUCCUGUUGUUUGUGUAAACAGUUUAUUCGUCAUAUUGUUUUAUGAGGUACCAUCUUUGCUGUUUUAUGUUGAGUAGAAGUCAUAUUGGGAUGUUUAUUAAAGUUUAAAGUAAAUUUAUCACUGAAGUAUGUAAAUUAGUAAUUCUCCAUUAAUGGUAACCAAUAAUGGUAGUAAUCAUUAAUGAUAGUAAUACUCCAUAUACAACUUCAGAGAUCCCUAAAGAUGGUAUCACAGGUAGAUUAGGAGGCACAUGGAAUGUUUUCUUACAUAAGCCAGGUCAUAAAAUUUAAAAGCAUGUAAGCCCUGGUAAAAUUUUAUAAAACUUUGGUGAGAUCAAAGCUGAGAUAUAGAUCUGGUCACCACGCGAAGAAGAAUGCCAUUGCAUUGGAAAAGGUUUACAGAAGUUUUACCAGGAUACUGCCAUGGAAGGAAUAUUUCAGCUCUAUGGAAAGAUGAGACAGCUGGGUUUAUUUUCUUAGAAGUGCAGGAAUCUAAUGGACUGCUGGAUAGAGCUGUACAAAAUAAUGUAGGUGAUAGGAAGCUUUUCCCCAUAGGAAAGGUUUCCUAAGUCAGAGGGCAUUAGUUUAGGGUAAGGGAUAAGAUUUAGAUCUUAUUUAUGCAUUUAAAGGAUGUAAUUUUAUUUUAUGCAUUUAAAGGAUGUAAGCUUGCAACUGACCCACAUUUAACUGUACAUCUCUAAUUGCCUUCAGAAAGUGAUGGUGAACUACUUUCUCAAACGACUGCAGUCAUUGAGGUAUGGAUAUACACAAACAAUGCUGGAAGUUUCAGGAGUUUGGCCCAUUUCUGGUGGAACUCUUAAUUUUCUGAUUCUGUUGUUAUAAUAUUGAUGACUGGAGGUCAUCUACUUCCUAGCCAAUGCCUCCUCUUUCUUUAUCAUACCAUUCUUCAAAAGUAAUAAAAUGUUGAGUUACAGAAUAAAAUAUAAUUAAAAGCUUCCUUAGAAUUGGGCAGAAGAGGGGGCAGGGUCCCAACAGCAUACUGGGAAAAUGGUAAAGCAAUUUAGAGCAGAGAAAUUAAAGAAUGGCGAUCAACUUAGAAAAAUUCCUUAAAUGAACCAAAUCUCCACAAAAUCCUAAUGAAAUUUUGCAGCUGACAUGCUUUCUUUAUAAUUGCAUCAAUAUGUUGGGUCCAGGAUAGAUCUUUCUUGAUGUUAACAUCCGGGAGCUUGAAGCUGCUCAUUCUUUCCACUGCUGACCCCUUGAUGAGAACUGCCAUGUGUCCUGAAGGGGAGAUCAAUAAGCAUCGAUUACAACUUCCACUGAGGAAAUCAGACCCCUCCUAUCGACUCUAUUUCAAUUUGGUACAAUAUAUCAUUUAAAUCUCACUGCAGUAUCCUUCGAUCCAAAGGAAAUAAUCCCAGUUUAUCCAAUCUUUUCCUUCUAGUUGAAAUCCUUGAGUUUUUUGGUAUAUCCUUGGUAUAUUUUCUAGAAUAUCUAUUUAUAAACUCUGACUUCCAUUAAUGACUAAGAAUUUACUGAUUAUUUCAAAAUGAGUCAGGAACAAGAGGCCACACCAUCAGUAUUUCUGAACAACAGAAUAAACAACAGGAUAAUGAUAUCAACAGUGAGAUCCAAUGGCCAGGAAGGUAAUUCUGCAACACUCUGUGGAGGGCAAAGGGCAUGACGAGGCACAGAAAAAGUCAUGGUCACCCACUGCAACCAAGGAAGACCUAAGUUGCAAAGACUAUUUGUACCACUGGACCUAGUUUCUGAGGUCGAAAGAAUGUAACUGCCCAAGUGUAACAUCUUUUCCACUUUAAAAACUCUCCUGGUUUCCUAUCAUUAUCAAAUACAAUAGCCAACCACCUCUGAGGUAUUGGGUUUAACUGUAUUGGGAACUAUUUUGAUUCUUCAAACAAGAGAAUUUACUAAUUUUGGAUAUAUGGCACAUUCACGGGCAAAUUUAGCAGAAUAAUCUUUGGGACAAUUUGAAAAAUGCCUUAGAUGAACAAUAUUCCAGAAUUUCACAACAGCAUCAAACUGUUAUGCUCUGAUCCCUAUCUUUCACAUUGCGUAAAAUUCACUAAGAUGAGGCCUUAGCAUUGAUCACAUGUUUUUACUAAUUUUGAAAACUGAACAAGCAGUUCCAGGUCCCAAAUUCAAAUCCCACCAAAGCAGCUGAGAAAUUUAAAUUCAGAUCAGUAAUCUUGAAAUAAGAAACAAUGCCCUGAACGGGGAGGAAAGCUACCAACUUUUACUAGU